AUGGGGCUAUUAUCGAGGAGACGAGCUGCACUGUGGACACUUGCAGGUAGCCCCCUUCCAGCCAUGCUGCUGCCUCUGGUCUUCCGCCAGUCGCUGCUCGGCCUCGGUUCAGCCGUCUUCUCGCCUCAGAGAUGCCUCAGAGCAAUUCACUAUGACAUCAGGAGGCCGAUACACUCCCUGUGGCGGAGGGUCCCCCUGUGUCCCCAUGUCCAGAGCCGUGGGGUCAAGAUCAGAAAGCGUCCAAGCCAUGAGGAGCAAUGGAAGUACCGCAAUAAGACGGUGCUUACGUACAUGGCGGCUGCCGGCAUUGCCAUGAUUGGUUUAUCCUACGCCGCCGUGCCGCUCUACAGACUCUAUUGCCAGGCGACAGGACUCGGCGGUACGGCAGUGGCCGGUCACGAUGUGGACCUGGUGGAGAAGAUGGAGCCGGUGAAAGAGCGCGUCAUCAAGGUCACAUUCAACGCAGACACGCACGCCAGCAUGCAGUGGAAUUUCAGACCGCAGCAGACAGAGAUCUAUGUGGUCCCGGGUGAGACGGCACUGGCCUUUUACAGAGCGAAGAACCCCACCAACAAGCCUAUCAUUGGCAUCUCGACCUACAACGUGGUGCCAUUUGACGCUGGACAGUACUUCAACAAGAUUCAGUGCUUCUGUUUCGAGGAGCAGCGUCUAAACCCUCACGAGGAGGUGGACAUGCCCGUCUUCUUUUACAUUGACCCCGAGUUUGACGCAGAUCCCAGGAUGGCUCGUGUGGACACCAUCACGCUUUCCUACACCUUCUUUGAAGCCAAGGAGGGGCUGAAUUUGCCUCUGCCGGGGUACAGCUACAGCUGA